UAUGGCAGCCAGCGCGGAUGCCGGCGGCCUGCCGGGGGAGGUGCCCUGCGGCGUGUGCCGGGACCUCCUCCCUGCGAGCCCCUCGCUGCCCUGUGGCCACACCCUCUGCAUGGCGUGUGUGCGGGAGGCCCGGGGGCAGCAGGCGGACGGGCGAUUCCGGUGCCCGCAGUGCCCGGAGGAGAGCGGCCAGGUGGCCUGCGACUGCUGUGCAGAUGGACACACGGCUGCGCAGAAGACCUGCCUGCGCUGCGAGGUGUCGCUCUGCGCAGACCACCUGCAGCCGCACCUGCAGCGCCCCGCCUUCCGCAGCCACCUGCUGGUGCGGCCGCUGGCCGACCUGUCCCGGCGCAGGUGCCCCGAGCACGACGAGCUCUUCCGGCACUACUGCACGGACGAGGGCGUCUACGUCUGCGCCGACUGCGUGCUGGAGGGGAAACACGCCGAGCACCGCGUCCGCCGUCUCCGCAGCCUGGAGGGGGACCUGCGGGGGAUCCUCCAGGAGCGUGUGCAGAAAGCAGAGGAGAAGCUGAGGGAGAGUGAGAGGAUCCUGAAGGAGCAGAAAGAGGCAGACCACACCCUCGCUGAUGCCUCGUCAGCAGAUGAGCUGCAGGUGGAGAGGCUGGGGGUGAGCCUGCAGGCCCAGGUGGAGCGGCUGGUGGGGGCUCUGAGGGAGAGCGCACAGCGGGAGAGCCGGCUCGCCCAGGUGAGGCUGCAGCAGGAUCAGGGCCAGGUGGAGAGGGACCUGAGCCACACCAAGGACCUGCAUGACCACCUGAGAUCCCUGCUGGCAGAAAGCGACCCCUUCCUGCUCAUCUGGGCCUUUCAGUUGGAGAAUAAAACGAUGAGCUCAGACCUGGACACGCCCCUCUUCAACCCGCUGCCGUUUACGCUGGACAGGAAGUGUGCGCUCGAGACCGUGGAGAGCGAGCUUCGCCACUUCCUCUCCGAGACGCUGAAGAGUCUCAACCGGCUGAAGCGGCAGUUCUCGAGCAGCCCUCUCACCCUGGACUGGAAUUCCGCCCAUCCUCUCCUGAGCGUCUCGGACGAUCGGCGGACCGCGGUACGCGUGAGGGACCGCCUCCCCUGCCCCGCCCACCCCGAGCGCUUUGACCACUGGGCACAGGUGCUGACGGCUCAGAGCUUCACUUCGGGCACCCACUACUGGGAGCUGGAGGCGGAGGGAUACUGGGACAUCGCCGUGACCUACCGCAGCAUCGGCCGCAAGGGGAAGGAGGGCACCGCCUUCGGCAACAACAAGCUGUCCUGGAGCCUGACGCGGCAGGCCGGUAAGAGGCUGGCCGUGUGGCACAACAGGCGCAAGACGCGAUUGGCCCAGAGGAUGGCCGGCACCCGCGUGGGCGUGUCCCUGGACUACAGCGCCGGCACCAUCACCUUCUGGGAGGCGGGGCCCGCGCUGGUGCACCUGCACACCUUCAGCACCACCUUCACCCAGCCCGUCUGCCUGGGCUUCGGCCUGUACAAGGCCCAGCUGCACAGCAGGGUCACCAUCGUCAGUGUGUGACGCCCGUCUCCAAGGAAACACACGGCUACGAUACAGCGGCUUGAAGAACUACUUCUGCUGUGUCUCCCUUUCUUUGUCCACACCUCUGAAUGGGAGUGGAGAAAGGACGGCUUGAGGACAAACUUUGGCUCGAUAAAGCCUAGCAUGGCAGUAGCUAAUAGUCACUUUGCUUUGCUCCAGAAACGGUUUGUAUCUGUGGCUGCUGCAGCAGCCCGCCGUGACAUCAGCUGCACGUGUUCGAAUGUUAAGAUUCUGAAUGUUCUAUUCAUGUUAGUCAGUGGGCAAUCUUUUGAUGUAUACUCAUAAAUAUCUCAAAAAUAUUUUAGGUAUUGAUACAAAAAGCACAAAUAGCACAGUCCCAUACCAACUGAAGGUAUUAGCCAAGAUCUGUAAAUGUAGCUGAAAAGCUGUAGGAGGAGUUAUGUACAAAAAAAAUCAGAUGGAAUAAGGAGAAGGAGAAGGCGGCGGCUUCUUCACGCCAGCUGCCCAUCGUGACAUCAGCUGUGUGUUUCAUGCUCUUGCACUUCCCAGCUCUGCAGGACCAGACUGUGAUGGCCUGACCC